AUGAUCACCGAAACAGCUCUUCUGAAAAUCACAAACGACCUCCUCNUCUCCUCUGACUCCGGCAACCUGAACAUCCUCAUCCUCCUCGACCUCACCACAGCAUUCAACACCAUCAACCACACCAUCUUGCUGUCCCUCCUCGAAUCAUCACUCAACAUCACCGACACUGCACUCUCCUGGCUGAAAUCCUACCUCACCGACAGACAUCAGUUUAUCCACAUCAACAACUCGCUGUACACGCCCCCCGCCGGCACGCUGCUGCUUCAGCUCCCAGAUCAGCCCGACAGUCCGGGGAUUGUUCUGGAACUGCCACACUUCUCACAGGUUGAUCCGGACGUGUUUGCCGCCCUUCCCAAAGAGCUGCAGGACGAACUGAAGAAUGCCUACAACCGAGUAACACAUGUCCAGCCUCAGGCAAAAAUAUCAGUGGAGCAGAAGAAUCCUCUGCUGCAGCUCAAACAGCCGGGAGUUGGAGUUGGUCGGGUGAAGCGGCGCUACAAGAGAAAAAAUGCAGGGAGUCCCGUUAAAAAAGGUCCCUCGCCUGUGAAGAGACGAAACACGACAAACAGCCCGGCCAAAACCCUGCCCCCCCCUCUAAAACCACGGGAACCAAUAAACACAUUGAAGACGGAAAACGGUCCCUCCACGUCAAACCCUAAAGCAGACAUCGCAGAGUCCAAAUUCAUCCCCCGCCGCCCUGCUCCUGUGCUGGCCGGAGCCUACGACAUGACGGACAUUAGGACGCUGCUACGGGAAUGGGUCACCACCAUAACAGGUAUACUGUGA